UGGUUUUCCCUCGCUCUCCUCUUCAUUCGUUUGAUGAAUUCUCAUAAGAUCGAAAGCGCAUUCACACAUCCUGCUGGUUGCAAAGCUUCAGUCUCAGCAUCUUGAGAUUAGCCAGAAUUUACAGCCGAAUCGGGGCCGAAACCGUCGUGAGAGAUGUAUACCCGGAUAAGUUACCGUGAAUUUUCGUGUAAAGAGUGGCGGAUUGCCAACAGCUUUCGUUAGAAGUAUAUAUUGUAUUCUAUUGAGGGUCUUGCUACACGAUACCGCCAGUUGGUCGGCAUUGUUUACGAAUCACCUAGAAUUUUUGUCAGAAUUCUGGCAAUGGCCUGCUACUCCUGCCCAGGAUUCGUGGCGUACAUGCGAAAUCCUCUUUGUCUUCUGGCUUCAAUUCUACGGCGGAGUUUGUUGGAUCAGCAAGCUCUUGGCGCCGUAUUUACACACUCUGGUCUUCGUUAAGGAAGAACCCUUAAGCUGAGGUUAACAGUAUGAGAUUGGUAGGGUUAGAUUGAAUCCGCUGUUUAGCAGUUCACGAGGUACUGUUGAUCGGUGUAACAUGUUAGUAGGUUUGAUGCAGUAGUCGUCGAGAAGCGAAAAUCAUGGCAAAGGGGUUACAGAGACGGAAUCCAAUUAAUCUACUUCUAAGCUUGUCAAGAUCAAUAAGGAUGAGAUAUUGAGUGGGCGAAUUGAAAAUCAUAGAAAAUAAUUAAGUAGCUGGUGGAACGUGAUUUACAUUAAUCGUUUAGGAACAGGGUUUAAGAAGAUGUACCGUACAAAGGACUUGUAUAGGUGUGGCCUCGGCGAGCAUUGGCGUCGCCAGAUUGGGGAUGUUACUCCUACUGCAUUUUCUCGAAAGAUCGGUGGCUGUGAGGAUCUCAUCCACCGUCUUAUUAAUUACGCGGAGUUGGAAGGACACAAUGGGUGUGUAAAUACAGUGUCUUUUAACCCAUCUGGUGAGCUUCUAGUGUCCGGUUCAGAUGACCAGGAGAUCAAAGUGUGGAAUUGGGGAAGCAAAACCGAGGUUCUAUCUUAUGAAUCAGGUCACGAAGACAACGUGUUUCAGGCCCGAGUGAUGCCGUACUCUGAUGACCGCAUCAUUGUUAGCUGUGCAGCUGAUGGCCAGGUGAGAUAUGGGACCAUUCUUGAAAACGGAAGGGUUAGCACAAAGAACCUUGCAAAACAUAGGAACCGUGCUCACAAGAUGGCAAUUGAACCUGGCAGCCCUCGCAUUUUUUACAGCUGUGGAGAAGAUGGUGUUGUUCGACAUUUUGACUUGCGGGAGGAGAAAAGUACAAAGCUCCUCACUUGUCAUCAAUUUCGAGCAAGCACUGGCAAGCCAAGUCGGUCUAGAGUAGUCCGGCUGAAUGCGAUUGUCAUGAACCCAAGAAACUUCAACUACUUCGCUGUAGGGGGUUCUGAUCAAUAUGCACGCGUUUAUGACUUGCGGCGAGUUAAUGCGAAUGGGUUUGAAAUGGAAGACAAUCCUGUUCAGUGUUAUGCUCCAAAACAUCUCCAAGGGCGAGAUCACGAGGAACAUAUCACGUGUGUUGCCUACUCUCACCAAGAGGAACUUCUCGUUACCUACAACGACGAGCUCAUUUACCUGUUCGACAAAAGCAUGAGCUUGGGUUCUGGGCCGGAACAGAGAAACUCAGAAGAUGAUUGGAAGGGUGACGAUGAAGGUGAGGGAUCUCAGCAGGACGUUCCACAGCCGCAAGUAUACGAGGGUCACCGAAAUCACCAGACUGUGAAGGGCGUCAACUUUUUGGGUCCUAACACAGAAUACGUCGUCAGUGGCUCAGACUGUGGGCGAAUUUUUAUUUGGAAGAAGAAAGGCGGGGAGCUUGUUGCUUUGAUCAAGGGAGACAAUAAAGUCGUGAAUUGUCUUGAGCCUCAUCCUUAUGCUACCGUGCUGGCCACCAGUGGUAUUGACGAAACCAUCAAAGUCUGGGCUCCUAUUUCGGAGCGCAUCCUUGAGCUUCCGCAGGAUGCUGAGAGAGUUAUGAAGAUCAACAAACGAAGGAGAGAGAGCCAUGCAUCGAGCGUUCCGCUCACCGCAGGUCUUGUGAGAACGCUGCUCCUGCAGCGACAUCUUCAAAUACCAACUGAAGGCGAGGGUGGAACUUAUACUCGCGUUUCCUUCGAGGGGGGUUCUUUUGAUGACGAGAUUGCGGCCGUGCUGGACAGCGACUUCGAAGGUGAUGACGACUCUUCCGAUGAUGGAGGGAAUGGAAAUCCACGUGAAUGUAUAAUUAGCUGAACAGGGUUGGAUGGGGAGCAGAUAUCAACCUUUCGUGUGGUCUUAAACAAUGGCCUCCCAAACGAAGAAAUAGAGGUCAUAGUUGCUACACAUUCCUAGAUAGGUAUUGAUGUUGUGUACAAAGUUGGUGAUGGUCAGUAGUGGAGUGAUGCUUGCUGCCCGGUGGGUGAUUGCAGAACCGGCCAUGUCUCCACUGCGGUAGAUCGCCCCGCAGUUAUCUUUAAAAAAUGCUUGUGUUUUGAAUUUUAGAUUUUAUAUUGAAUGGAGAAAAGUUCAGAUUUGUA